AUGAGCCACGACCAAUCUCAGACUGACGACGAGCAGUACACCUCUACCUUCUUCUGCCGCGCUCUCUACGACUAUCAAGCCGACGACCCUUCAUAUCUUCCUUUCCGCCAGGGCGACAUCAUCGAAGUCCUCACGCGUCUUGAGACCGGUUGGUGGGAUGGGUUACUGAACGACCAGCGGGGGUGGUUCCCAUCGAACUACGCCACUGUGAUUUCCGACGAGGAGGCGGAGGCUGCUCUCAAUGAUCGCGACUCCCAGGCGUCGCUCCCAGACGACUCCAUGGUGGAUAUGGCACAUACGAUGUCCCAAGCUCUAUCUCAGUCGGACACGGAUGCGGAUUGGCUGAAUGGCGGAGAUGCAGAUUACGAGGGCCCCCGGGUCGCAGGGUCCAGGAAUGGUGGCACUGCCGAUGGUGGUGGAACGAAGCAUAGUGACUUCUGGGUGCCACAGGUAUCGCAGGACGGUCGAAUAUUCUACGUCAACACGCAGACAGGCCAGCAGUCUGCGGAUCUCCCCACCGAAGGCGAUGCCGACGAGGACGCUGAGGUCGCUGCGCUCUCGCCCCAGGCUUCGAGCCGUGCGGGCCCGACCACUGCCUAUGGUCUUGUGGGUGCGGUUGCUCGCUCACAGGAGAUCACCGGGUUUGGUGUUCCAUGGAGGACACAAACACCAGAGCCAUGGGUAAGGCGUCUGGCUGACGACGGUCUGUCGUAUUACUACGUGAACAGGCUUGACGGCACCAUCUCCUGGGCCUUGCCUGAGCCGGGUGCCCCGCCCUCUUACAGUCAAGGCGAGUAUUCGGGGCCCCUAGCGUCGAAAGGAACUACAUCCACAUCUUCUACUACCAACACCUCCUCCAUCCUACCUGUUUCACGUAGCGACAGCAUUAGCGAUAUCUCACGACUGCGGGCAGGAGCAUCCCUCUCACGGACGCGCAAGGAGAGUGAAAGCAGCGCUGACAUUCAAUCCGAUGAUUCCGACGUCUUCUCUGCUGGACGCUACGGCUCACGUUCUACGACAGCUGUCGUGAAGAGUGCUGCCAACGGCACUGCGCGUCCGUCCCUGACUGCGACUUCGUCGGCGUCCUCCAAUCCGCCAGGCACGGCUGCUCUAGACCUCAUCGAGGCUGAGAAGUCCGCAAAGGCACUACAGAACGCUCUAUCACCAUCUCCUCCUGAGACCGUCGUGGAGUUGUCGGAUCGAAUCCGAGACUCCGUUGCAGCGGUUUUGCGCUACCUCCAGGGUUCCUCCAUCCCUAGGCGACCGGAGCGCUACCAAGAAAUUGAUCGCUUGGUCGUCGAAGUCGGUACAACAGUCCGCAAUCUCCUCUACGUGACCUCGACUCCUACUGGCCAUGUCCCAAGCCACCUCUAUCCGCGCGACCAACGCGAUCCGCGAUCAGCAAGCUCGGCACAGACGUUGCAGAUUCAUCUCAAGGCAGCGCAGCGGAAGGUCGCUGGAACAUUAUCAAAGCUUGUCCUCUCUACCCUCGCAUUGCGGUACGACCCAGGUUUCGCUUCGUCUUCGUCCGAUAGACCCAAUCGGAUGGAGUCAGAUGUCUUAGAGCUCGAGCGAGCAGUAGCCACGUUCGUGCAGGAGGUAGAAUUCUUGCAGGAGCAACAUGGACUGUCGACCUCGCUAGCACGCGUCGGCGGCGGGAAGCGUCUCUUCGGCAUCUUCUCUACAACAAACAUCGGACUAGGUCUCCCAGGUGCUGGCCUUGCUGGAGACUGGCGGGGAUUUGGGUAUGUUCCGCUAGACGACGGUACCGACGUUCCCCAGCGGGUGCUGGAUGAUGACGUUGUCAUCGCAUUCAAGGCCGGCUUGAAGGCACUCGAGGCUCGGUUCGGUUCUCUGGUCAUUUCUUUGAGAUAUUUGGAGAAUUAUCCAGAACGGGUCUCCCAGGAAGGACAGAGCGCCUCCGCCUACCUCUCAUGGACGCUACGUUCACUCUGUGGAGUCAACGUCGCGAAUCAUGUCGACGUAGACGGGAUAAAUCCUGACUCAGGUCCACAGUACAGACAGACGGUGGCGAAGGCCCGUCAGCUUGUCCGGACGUUGGAAGCGGCCACACAGGCGUUAUACGAUGAUGGCGCAAUCAUCUUCAUGGCGGUACAAUCUCUCGGAUACGCCAAGCUGUCUUCCCAACACGAUCGCGCAGCUUUCGUGAACACUAUCGAGACCGUCGCUCCCAUCGUUCGGUCCAACUACGUCUUGAUCGCACAAACUCUGGACUCUCUACUCACGAUUGGUCAAGUGCAGUCGUCAAUUAGCCAGGGAGUCUAUCGACAGUCGAUCCAAUGGCGGGCCUCGCACAUCAAUCUAGAGGACAGCGCUGUAGCGACAGUCCCGCAAUUGGCGGACAAUGCACCAGUUGACAAUGGUGUAGUCGGCAUCGAGGCGACGCCCGCACCACCAAAGACAGGGAUAGCACAAGCUGUAUCGAUCACUUCAGAAUCGACGCUAUACGGCAACGCGAACCACCAGCCUUAUAAGCUGUCUCUGGACGCCUCGGAGCUGUUAAGGACCGAUAGCACCAGCGAGACGGACGCGAGGGAGAGCACGCUCAUAGGACCACCCUCUCCCGAGACGGUGUCACCGUUGGACGAAGGCCUUCUCGCAUUUCUGGACGAGGACGACCCUAUACUGAUGGGUAAAUCCCCGUCGCGAAGGGGCGCCAACAAGCUCGUGAAGCUUCUCGGCGAGGCACCCAAACACUACAUAGACACCUUGAACGCAGGGAAGAAGCCGUGGUACUUGCGUACGAACUACGAUCAAUCCACCAUCCUCAUCGAUCCCGACGGGCAAGUACGUGCUGGCACGCCGGCAGCAUUGGUUGAGCGCUUGACACAUCAUGAAAUGAUGGACACGGCAUUCACGAAGAACUUCAUGAUGACGUUCAAGUCGUUCAUGACAGUGAAUGACUUGUUCGAGCUGCUGACUCAGCGCUUCUGGAUCCCACCCCCUCCCAACUUGAAACCGAAGGAGCUUGAGGAAUGGACUCGUAUGAAGCAGCAAAUUGUCCGCACGCGCGUAUUGAACAUCCUGAAGACAUUGGUCACCGACGACGACAUCUUGGAGAAAGAUGAUGUCUACAUCCUCAGUCGCAUCAAAGAGUUCGUUUCCGGAGAGGAGGUUGUGACUCUUCCGGCAGCUAAGCAACUGCUCAUCCUCAUUGAGCGCGCCCAACGCGGCGGUGAUGCACCCAUCAGGACUACAUACACGGUCCCUCUGGCACCUCCGGCCCCUAUCGUACCGAGGACGUCAAAGAAACUCAAGUUGCUGGACGUUGACCCUCUCGAGCUCGCACGACAGCUCACACUCAUGGAAGCUGCGCUGUACAAAAAGAUCCGGCCUGUGGAGUGCUUACAGAGGUCGCGAGAGACCAAACCUGGCAAGACCGCAGAUCACAUCACCACGAUCAUCCAACUCAGCAACAAGAUCGCGGACUGGGUAGCUGAGACGAUCCUGGCGAGAGAAGACUCGCAGCGACGUGCACGGAUCAUAAAGCACUUUAUCAGCGUCGCUGAUCGAUGUCGCACACUGCAGAACUUCUCAUCCAUGACUGCCAUCGUUUCUGGUUUGAAUAGACCUCCGAUCCGUCGACUGAAGCGAACGUGGGAGCAAGUCAAUGCGAAGUUCCUGUCGCAGUUGCAGAUCUGCGAAUCGACCGUAGACACAAACAAGAACUUCAAUAAUUACCGUUCCACUUUGGCAAGGAUCGCCCCCCCUUGUGUUCCCUUCAUUGGGGUCUACCUCACCACCCUAACGUUCAUUAACGACGGCGCGGGGGACAAGCUCUCUGGUGACAUGAUCAAUUUCCGCAAGCGACAGAAAGCCGCGGAAGUCAUCCAGGACAUGAAGCGAUGGCAAGCAGCGCCCUACAACUUUCAGACCGUCGCCUCUAUCCUCUCCUACCUUGAAGAAUCCUUCCAAACAUUCCAGGAUGGCGUGGACUAUGGCGACCAGUUUUGGAACCUCAGCCUCGAGCGCGAACCGCGCGAGCGGGAAGACGAGAAGAUGGCCAGACUGCUCCAGGAAAGCGGCUUCCUGUAGAGCAAAGUGCCGAACUCCACACCUAUCUAUUUCGCACUGCGACAAUCUUCUCCACCUACCCUCCUCUUCCUUCCCUGUGCUGCCUCUGUCCGACCACCUGGGCCAGGCGUUCAUGCUGUCCCUGAACGCAGACCUGAUAGGCUGUGCCUCGCUGCUCCCUGCGUCUCCCACACCCAGGAUGCUCGGCAUCUGAAACGACAAUUCAGGGGUUCGACGGACACGUGAACCCACCGGCGGAGUUCUGAUAGCACACCGGGAUUUGCUCCUCUGUAGGGAAGGGCACCUGCCCCACGUGCCGGUGAACGGAACCGCUUCUAUCCAAUACGGGCCGCUAUUGUGGACCCGUCUAGGUAGCCCUUCACCUCCAUCGCUUCCAGUCGCAUCGGGGUCCUCAGCUCUCAUCGCUCGGUCACUAGGAGGAAGCAUGCUCUCAUGUGGGCGAUCCGUAUCGGACCGUUCAUCUACAUCCACGUAGCAACCCACCACUUCUACCGCUAGGCCGUCGGGAGCCCGCGCAGUCGAUGCUUCCAGCGAUGACUUGACGCUGUGCUCUUACACAGAACGGGAGGUCAUUGAGGACAGCUAUUGAAGUCCUUGUCGUAUCGUGGCUCGCAGACAACAUCGUGUGCGAUUCAUGCAAUUGAUUGAUGUCGAGUCCGCAGAACUAUUCCGGAUUGACAGUGACCACAUGUUCAGUCUAUCAGGUCUCAUCGCAGUCAGCCCUCACAGUCUAGGAGAGGGUCCAAGUAGUCUGUGAUCCAUAACCUAACAGACCCAAAUCCAACGCGUCGCUUGGGUCGGUGAGUAUACACCUGAGAUCGGGGAUCUUGCGUACGCAAUUGAUCUGUUAGUCGGUCGUCUGGUCUGUGGUGAACAUGCCUGCUUAUACUUGGUUGACCCCUUGCUUUUCCGGUCCGAACUGCACGCUAUGUUAGGUAGAUAUUCAGUAGUUCGGAUGCAUCCAUAACGGUGCUCCACGUGUUAGCGGCAAGCCGGAGUCCUUUUAGGCUUUCAGUGAGCAGUCCAGUUCAAGUCAGCGUCAUCUCGUUUUGAUAAAGUGUGUACCGUAGCUUUGGAUUGUUAUGAUACAAUAUAUGUUACAUCGCACUUCGCCCCCUGAGCUGAGGGAACUCGUAUGCUUCACCUCCGAUCCCCGUCAUCUCCUGCGGUAGAAGCAGAUCCUGUCCCUAAUGCCGUGUUGUCCGACGGUCCUUGAUCCGCUCGAGUAACGUACAACGUCCUACUCGACUUCAGGUAUGGGCAAUCCCGCUGACUUGGCUAUCCGCACAACCCUCUCGGCCUGUUUGAUCAUUGGAGCGUCUAUCAUCUCCAUCCCUCCUCCCUCCAGCUCGAGACCGGCUGCACCCCUGUGAGCGAGAUGUGCUUUCUCCAUUUGCUUGAGGAUGCUUGCGGCGCGAAGGAUCUCUUUAUCACUUGGGACGAAUGUGGACUGAAUGAUGUCCACUUGAUUUGGGUGGAUGGCUUGCUUCCCAGUGAAGCCGAGGCGCUUCCCGUCCUCACACUCGCUUCGGAGGUAUUCGGGAUCCUUGUAGUUUACGCAAACCAUAUCAAUGGCACUGAGCCCGAAUGCCUUGGCCGUGACCACGAUGUGGGAUCGAGUGUAAAGCAGUUCCUGCCGUGUGGACGUGCGAACGAUACCCGUGUCCGCACAAUAGUCUUCUGCUGCAAACAACAGAGCAGAGAGCUUCCCGCCCUGCUCAGGGCCCCAAGCCGACUGCCACGACGCAAUCUCGCCGAGAUUGUGCAUAGCCUUCGCGCUCUCAAUGCUUGCGACGAUCUGUACGGGAGGCCCUUGCGGAUUCCGGAUCUUGUGUGCUCGGUAGAUCAUGUAUAUGUGCUCGGACACGAAGUGCAGGUCCUGCGCUGAAUGAAUUUUCGGUAGUACCAGAGUGCGCACACAGGGAAGGCGCAUCGCCUGGAGGAUGUCCUCCUCAAAGAACGGGGUUACGUUCGAAUUCAGCCUCAUUGCAAUGCGGGAAGGGGAGGGCAAGCUCCCAUGACGAGUUAAGAGGAAGUGGGCAAUGCGAGACCUCGCACUGGUCUUGUCCGACGGCGGAACGCUAUCCUCAAGAUCGUAGACUAUCACGUCCGAGUUUGUCGUCAACGACUUUUCUAGCAUCUUCUCCGCAGUGCAGGGCACGUAUAGGUAUGACCGACCGAGAUGACCAGGCUGUCCGUCUCUCGCUGCCGCCUUGAGUGCGUGUUCAUGCUCCUCAGCAGACCUGCAAUCGUCGGCGGUAGGCAGCGAGUCGCAGUCAUCGACCGUGCC